GAAGGCCAAUUGAAUUAAGUAGUGGAUGAAGAGCUAAGGUCUAGUGUAUUGUUUUUACCUUAGCCAUGGAGACUAGGAGAGAUUUGGAAAGAGAUCUGGAGGAUAUGAGGGAGUAUUACAGGCAUGGAAAAACUAAAGAAGCAUCUUGGAGAAAGUCACAGCUCAAAGGGUUGCUUACUCUCUUGAAGGAGAAAGAGGGAGAUAUCUUUAAGGCACUUAAGCAAGACCUGGGAAAGCAUCAUGUUGAGGCUUUUAGAGAUGAGAUAGGAACCUUGACUAAGACAGUGAAUACGGCAUUGGAGUCUUUGAAGGACUGGAUGUCGAGCAAAACGGCUAAACUACCGAGAAUUGCUUUGCUCACUAGUGCAGAAAUUGUUCCUGAGCCUCUUGGCCUUGUCCUCAUUAUUUCAUCUUGGAAUUUUCCCUUUGGACUGUCCUUGGAACCAAUGAUAGGGGCAUUAGCUGCUGGAAAUACAGUGGUUCUAAAGCCCUCUGAAUUGGCUCCUGCUUGUGCUUCUCUUCUAGCAAAUGCCAUUUCCACUUACUUGGACAACAAAGCUGUUAAGGUUAUCCACGGUGGACCAUCUGUGGGUGAACAACUCCUACAGCAGAGAUGGGACAAGAUCUUCUUUACAGGAAGUGCACAUGUUGGACGGAUAGUCAUGUCUGCAGCUGUGAAGCAUCUAACACCUGUUACUCUAGAGUUGGGUGGAAAAUGCCCUGCUGUUCUUGAUUCCCUUUCUAGUUCUUGGGACAUCAAGGUGGCACUAAAACGAAUUAUUUUUGGGAAAUUUGGUUGCUGUGCUGGUCAAGCAUGCAUAGCAAUAGACUACAUCCUUGUUGAAAAGAAAUUUACACACACUGUGGUGGAGUUGAUGAAGAACAUAAUCAAGGAAAUGUUUGGAGAAAACCCAAAAGAAUCACACAGCAUUGCAAGAAUCAUAAAUAAACAACAUCUCUUACGACUGAAGAAUAUUCUUAAGGACCCGCAUGUUGAUGCUUCUAUUGUUUAUGGUGGAUCAGUGGAUGAAGACAACUUGUUCAUUGAGCCAACAAUCCUGGUGGAUCCGCCUCUCCAAGCAGCAAUAACGACUGAUGAGGUCUUUGGCCCAUUGCUUCCAAUAAUCACACUGGAGAAGAUUGAAGACAGUAUACAAUUCAUAAAUUCAAGGCCUAAAGCACUGGCUAUAUAUUGCUUCACCAAAAAUAAAACACUCCAAAGAACGAUGAUUUCUGAAACAUCAUCUGGAAGCGUGACAUUCAACGAUACAAUUAUUCAAUAUGCAGCUGAUACCCUCCCAUUUGGAGGAGUCGGUGAAAGUGGGUUUGGAAGGUACCAUGGAAAGUUCUCAUUUGACACAUUCAGCCAUGAGAAGGCUAUUGCAAGAAGAAGUUUCCUAACUGAUUUUUGGUUUAGAUUUCCUCCAUGGAACAAUUACAAGCUGCAACUCUUAGAAUCCGCUUUCAAUUAUGAUUAUCUUGGAUUAGUCCUUGUCAUAUUGGGCUUGAAGAGGCAUACACAGAGAUCAGCUGGGAUAUAGCAACUUUUGGAAGUACCUUGAAUCCAAAAAGAAGAGAGAGCAAGAUCACAUUCAGAUGUUUAUUUAAAAGUGUUGUAAUUUUUAUUAUAGAAUCAACAACUAAUGUGUGUGUGUUUCUUAAUAAAGUUUCUGAAUUUUGCAGUGAAAGCAAUGGGAACUUUGGGGAUAUGUUUACCUAUGUGAGUUAGAAAAAAUUUCUUAGGGCUGAGAGGUCUGUAUUACUAAUAGGGUAAAGUUAUGUUGGUUUUAUAUAUUAGGAGUAUGUUUAAUCAUUUACUCUAUGUUUGACAUGCUAAAGGUUAUAACAUCUAAUUAAGAAGUUUGUCAUGUAUGAUGUAUGUCUCAGUAAUAAGCCUAGAUCAAGGAUUUCAGUUAUUCCUAUUUCUGUUUC